AUGACCUCGGCGACGACAGAGCUGGCCUCGAUGCCGUCUCUCGGCUUCAAUCUCGGAGAAGAAGACCAUAUCCAUAUCAGCGAUCAAGAGAGUGUGCUUCAGCCUCAUGCUGCGAAAUCGGCAAUCUCGGUGCCAAAGGAGCGACCCGAACUUAUUUCUCUAGAGACGGAGAAGUUGGCAGGACAGGAAUCACUUGUUGUGCGCAAGACGUACAUAUGGGAGGUCAUCAUCGUCAUCGUAUCCUCGCUCCUGGCGGCAUCGAUGGCCGGCCUGGGUCUAUACUCGAUCAAACUACCCCUGGUGAUGUUUAGCAUGGACGACGAGCACGGUGUCACCGUCUACCGUGGUGUCUUUGCCUUUGCGGCAGCCUUUGCCGGGUGGCUCAUCUCUUGCGGCUUCGCCUGUGGCAUUGCCGCUGUCGUCGGUCGGUUCUGCAUCUACAGAGGAAUUCAGGGACACCGAUGGCUUGUGCUUCCUGAUACGCUCCGGGGCAGGCCCACGCCCGAGUCGGGAUGGGCACUCUUUGCCGUAGGACUGUGCGUCGUCACCGUCUAUGGAGUCAGCCAUUCUGCCUCCAACGUCGUCCUCAUCCCGUACCAAACGUACUUCAACGUCACUUCUGUGCAGACGUUUUCCGUCGCCGCUCGCCACAAUGUCACCGGUGCCGAUCUGGCCGCCGUCGAGACCCUCACGUCUUUUCAAGGAAAGGUGUUUCAUACCCUCAAUGGUGUUUCGCCCUCGGACCUGCGUUCCAUCCCCUUGCCUGGAUCAGAAGGAAAGCCACUGCUUCUCAACACCUACCUCAUCGUCAACUGGCCCUCGGUACGCGUCGACUGCCGCUCUCCCAACGUCACCUGUCAGACGGCGACACAGGACUGCAACGCAACGCUCGCCUGGGACUACGCCGUGGCCCACUAUGCAUCAAACGCCUCGCUUGUCGUUGGCCGCAAAUCUGGCAUAAGGGACCACGAGGAGUACAAGGUGCCUCUCGCAUCGCUCAACCUCAGUGCGAGUGCCGUGGCGCUGCAGCUCGAGUGCAACCUCUCGUCCUCUCCGCCGUUCUUUCUCGAGACGCUCAUUUCUAUCGCAGCGUUCCAGAAUGCAGGCACAAUCGACCGAAUGCCGGAUCGCCAAGUCGUCGUCAAUGACUGGAGGGACGCUGCCUCCAAGGAGCCCGGCCAGGUGCUCGAGAAGAUUAUUAUGUGGGCAAUAUUUGUGCGAGAGUCGCAGAAGUGGUACUGCGUCUCUCUGGCCGUCGUAGCCGUGCUGAAUCUGUUGCUGGGUCUCGCCGUGGUGCGCCGGCCCAUGCUCGAUGUCUCGAGUGGCGCUUCCAUCGCCAGAUCGGCCAUGCGUAGCCCGCACCUGCACGAAGUGGUGCUCUCCAAGAAGGAAGAGGAGGAGUCGACCUGGACCGGCAAGCUGCUGACCGCCGUCAGCAGGAGGCCAAAUCGAGCGGCGCCGUGGAAUCCCUCAGAGCGCUCUGGGAGUGGAGACGAAUCGUCGUUAUCUCUUGCAUCUUCAAACACAGUCGGCGAUCAAGCACAGCAACGGUUCAGGUGGAAAAUGGGCCCCGACGGGCUGCCGCGAUUCAUGCCGCCCUCUCGUCCGCCUUCGCCCGAAAUGGGGCAGAAGUAG